CUCGCCGCCCUCCUUCCCUGCCCGCUCUUCACCACUUUUCCCGCUUUCUUGAUCUCUUCUCCUCUAAGCACUGCUUCAAGAGUUCGCAGCUCUUCCUCGUUGCUCGUCGUGCUCUUCUGAUAGUCUGCGGUCCAGCGAGUGUGUCUCUGCCUCUGCUCUGCUCCGCUCCGCUCUGCUUCGUGCUUCGCCUCACCCCUGCCUCUGACCUCCCUCCUCCUCCCUCCUCCUCCUUCCCAGCCCCCCUACACCCACCAUGGCCUCUCCUCUAUCCUCCCUUCUCAUCCUCGCACUUUUCAUUGUGCACGCGCUCGCGGCCAUGAAAUUCACAUCCCCCGAGGCCGGCGACAGCUUCGACGUCUCCGACGGCGUCGAAAUCAAAUGGAAAGACAACGGCGACGAUCCCGCGCUCGACACCCUCACCUCCGUCACAAUCCUGCUCUGCACCGGCUCCAACUCCAACAUCAACUGCUUCCUCUCCCUCGCCGCCUCCGUCGCGCUCUCGACCCUCGACGACAGCUACGCCGCGACCAUCUCCCAGUCCGCCGCCGCCAGCGGCAGCUUCUACUUCCAACUCACCUCGCUCGUCAACGGCGGACCCGGGUACGUCAUCAGCUACACCCCGCGGUUCACACUGACCGGCAUGUCCGGAACAGUCGAGCCCUCCGACGGCGGCGACACCGACCCGCCCGACACCGUCUACGUCGAGGGCUCGACGACCUCGGGCGCGGCGACCGGCACCGCAAUCACAAACUCCUUCGACGUGCCCUACAUCGACCAGGCCACCUGGCUCACAAAGUACGCGCCCAUGCAGACCCAGCCGGGCUCGACCGUGACCGCGACUGGUACGAAACCGCUGUACUCGGCCACCUCGUGGACGGCCUUCACCACGUUCGCGGCCUCGGCUUCGCAGGUCACGACGCUCACGCAGGGAUGGGAUUACACGCUCACCAGUUUGGUCAACGAGGCGCCGACGGCGGCUAGUCCUUCUGAUAACGGCGGAUCACAUCAGAAGUUGAAGAAGUUGAAAAAGCGCUGGGACGACUAUGAAGAGGACGAGGAGAUUGUCGAGUAGUCUUCUUUCUUUUUUAUUAACGCAACUCUCAUGAUCUGUUUUGGUAUUUCCAUUUUAUAAACUGUAUAUCUACCUCGCGUGUUUGUUUUCUGUUUUGUUUAUAGAUAGUUCAUCAUCACUUAUUUGCAAGUUCAUCGACGUUCAAUUGAACUCGUUUGCUAUUAUCAAGUUCCGCAUGUAGACUAUGCUUUAAGAAUAAUCCAAACCCAUGUACUCCAAAUCACAUUGAACUAUGGUAAUCUUCCACCACCAAUCACUUUCAAAAAGAUAUGGUGAUUGUCUCAUUCAAACUGUGCUUUUCUCUGUCACUUGAGUCUUAUCGCUAUCUAUCAAGUUCUUCGCAUGUAGACUU